UCUUAAAAAGACGAGGAAAGUGAAAGCGGGGUUUCCAGCCCUCGCUGCUAGGUUUCCUUUAGAUUUUUUGUUUAUUUUCUGUUUCCUGCUGGAUAACUGGUCAAACAUUCGAAAUCCUCGAAUUUCCGGUCCGACAGUAAAAAUGGACCCGUUUCAACCACAGGAUGUGGCCAACCUGGUCGUUCGGUUCCUUGCUGCUCAUGGAUGGGAAGAAACUGUAAUGUCAAUGAUAAGGGAGAUACCCUCCAUGAAAUAUAAUGUUCCUAAACGUCCUCCCAACGUAUCCACUGCCGCAUAUCUCAAGCUCAUAGCACGUCCUACGCCCAUACCAACGUUAAGCGACUUACUCAACGACUAUGGCAAAUCCAAGAUAAUCGUGCCCCAAAUGAUUCAACGACAAAAUCCAGGAGGGAGUCCGUUGCGACAACAAGACGCAUUAGUGACGCAACUCAAACAGUUGGGAGAUAUAAUUAGUAGACCAGUUGCCCAAGGGCCGGCUCCGCAGGUUGUAAAAAUUGAUUUUGGAGUCAACACUGAGAGGAAGGGUUCGAGAGUUGUUGCGACGCAAACUGAGGACGAAGAAUUUAUAGAGGAAGAAGAGCAGGAUCCUGUAGUAGCGGAAGUGCCGCUAAUGUUUUACAAUUCUCUCAUGUCCGAUCCGCAGAAAUUGGCGAGUGUCAUUAAUGAACAUUUGACUGAUUCAGUCUCAUCAAAAGAUGACGCUCUGCAAAAAGUUGGAGAAUCUGAAAUUGAUAAGUUCAUGUUUGACUUAUUACGAGAUGAUGAUUCCUGCUCUUUAUCGACAAUGUUACAGAGAAAUGACGAUUUAGGCCUCUCUAAUUUAUUAAAUGAUGAUGUUGCCCCAAGUCCGCCCAAAAACUGUGCUACAAAUAAUACUCAGGAGCCUAUGAAUAGUAAUUCACUCUCUACGACAAAGAACUUAAAUAAGGAAUCAUCGACGACGCCAUCCACCACUCUGGUGACUCCACGGCGAACUCAGCCUCCAAAUCUAAAUUCGAUAACAAAAUCCACCACCAACAGCAAUCAUUCUGCUACUCCUGUGCCUAUGAAGCGAAUUGUGCCAAAACCAGCACCGCUUGGAACCCCAAGGCCAAAUCCCGUCUUUCAGCUUGGAGAGUCGCCAAUUGCCGAGAAGGUUGUUCAUCCAAUAACUGGACGUCCAUACACCGUGGUUUGCAAUUUUCCAAAAGUAUCUGAUUGGGAGAGGUUGGGAAGACGAUCAAUUAUACCAAGAGUAGAAACACUUCCUCCGCCACCACCCGCAUUGAUCACAGAACCUAUCUCGCCGGCUAAAUCACCUAGUAAAUCUGCUUAUCAGACCCCGAUUGACAAACCUAGUACCGCUAGUUCCAAUGAUGAGAGAGGGGAUAACAACGCACAGAUAACAGUGAACAACAGUGGAGCAGAAGUCACUCCGAUUUUAGCCGAUUUGUGUACCACCACGCCAGCGGCCCCUUCAUCAACGUCUGAUACAACCAGUAAGAAACGUAGUCCACGAUUCCUCGGUCUGGUUUCAUCUGCUCAGAAAAUCUUAGCAACAACUACCCACUCAAGUUUGUACAGGAAAAGUUUCAGCACUCCCAGAAAAAAACACGUGAGAAGUCUCUUUUUCAACACUCCGCCACCCAGUACUAAAGAUGACCACCAAACGUUGCAUGCAAAUCCCUUACCGAUACCCCACAACGUUGCCACUCCCGACUCAACCUCGGUGAACAGGACUCAAAAUAAUGUGCAUGGUGUUUCUCAUUCGCUUCCGCUUAAACGAAAAUCCACGGGCACAUCUCCCCAUGGACAGUCAUUCAAAAAGCGCCUUCAGUGGAAUGAAGAGGAUUUGUACAAAAGUUCAGCUUUUCCUGACAGAAACUUUGGCUCGAUGCAACUUAGCAAAAACAUGAUGGAGUCGGCCAAGAAAAUUGUAAGCCCUGAACAUCUGAACGUGUCCAAACAAAGUGUCUCACGUGGUGUAGAUCCAAGCCUGUUCGAUAUAUCAGAAGAACGCUCAGAAUCCAGCUUUGAGUCUUCACGAGAAAUAUUAAGUAACGAAGUUGAAGAUAACCCACCCCCAGAACCUCCAGAAUCCGGCCUUAAGGUGCACUCAAUCUCAGGAAAUGAUAUGACCAUGUUAGAUUCUGAAAGGAGCUUGGAGGAAGGAGAGUGUAAUGACGACGAUGAUGAAUGCCAAGUAACCGCAAUUCCAUCACAAGCAGGCACUACCGCUUUGAUUACACCACCUGUCCCAGUAUCAUCCCCACCUCAGGAAUUUCAAAUUCUUGAAAAUCCACCCACACCUGCAGUGGAGGUGGAAGUUAGCACAACAAAGGAACCUGCGACAUUAUUGGAAACAUUGACCUCACCGUUAAAAAUCUCCAAGUCCAAGAAGGUGGCUAAACAGUCGACGAGCUCAAUAUUAGACAAGAAGGACGAUAAACAGAAACAAAGUAAGAACAAGAAGGCGAAGGUCCAGGGUAAGAAAAAAAUGAACAAUAGUAGCAACUACAAUCGGGAACUAGUUUCUCAACUGUUUGGAUCCGAACAAUCUUCCUCUUCUUCCCCAGAAGAAGAAGUCAGACGUAAUGUAAAGAGGAAGCAGGGUUCUGUUGCUAGAAAAAAAUCAAUCGCUGGGAAUAUUGGUAGUCCAACUCGGUCCAAAGUACUCUCACCUGUGUGUCGACGUUCGCCACGAGUGUCUCAAAAGGAGAAACAACAAACGACUGUUAAACCUUCUCCCAUGAAGAGUCGCAAGUCCCAAGAAGUAACCCCAAAAGCUCUCGUUGCAUUGAAACCAACUCGUAAAUCAAAGUCGCCCUCCAAUCCUGUUGCUUGUACCCGUAAGUCGCGUGCUGUAGAUGUCAUAGCUGCCAAAACGGUGGCCGACUCAGCCGUACCCUUGGGUAGACCUAGUCUCAGUCCGAAGAAGAAAAAAGAUCUACCCAGGAAAUCGCACAGUUCGUGCGCAUCCCAAACUGAAAGAAUCAAAUCUCCCCCUACCCUUCCUCCUUCUACAAUAGCUACAGCAAAGGAAACCACCUUAACCAAUUCCAAUCUUGAACCUGUGGACAUGUCGCUCCCCACCGCAAGCAGUAGUAACAGUCCCUCAAAAAUUGCCAAUCAAGGUUUAGAUGGCGGAAUGAGAUUGACAUCCGAUGUGAUGACCAUCCAUACGAUGAACAUAGUUCAGGCAACUCCCGUGAAGGAUCCAUCACUGCAUCCGUUUCAAAUAAUGCCAGCCCCAAUCGGGUUUCCAGACCCGACGCCGGUAAAAAAUAGUCUGGAUCCCACAGACUUGGAUUCUCGAUCUCAAUUUUCCGCGUUGAUCACUCCGUUGAAGACUGUUGGCCAGGCGCAGAUCACUUCGCCCUUUCUUGGCCUUCCCCCAACACCACGUUAUAUACCCCAUGACAUAGAAACGAAUUCGAAUUCAAACUCCAACUUUGGGAUUUUCCGAUCAACGAGUGAUCAUCAUAAUACCUUGUUUCGGUGUGGGGAUGAUGGGAGCAACAGCGGGCUUAAUACGCCCUUCAAACUAGGGCCCCCACCAACUCCAGGAAAAUCUAUCUUCUUUGACGAACGAAGUCAGGGGGCCAUAAUGCUCAGAGCGAUAACCACGACGACGACAUUGAACCAAGAUUCUUCUGGUGGUAGCGGUGAUGUUUUAAAACCAACAGGCCGAGGUGCUGUUGAGGCGACGUUGGACUUGUCGCCGCCCAUUCCUCCUCACCGAAUGGCUGCCAAAGUGCUUCUUUCUAUGUCGACGACGACAGUAAUCAAGCCAAAGGAAGUGGCUCAAGUUCCUUCCCAUGUUUCAAUUAACAGGAGGAGUCCUAUGGUCAUCGUUGGCAAUCCGACUAUGGGAACUUUGUCAUGCAAACCGAUCGCCUCUGCUGCUCCGAUUCCGUUGAAUUUUACCCGCAGAGAUGCUCCCGUCCAAUUUCAAAUUCCAAAAAAUGUUCCACGGAAAAUAUCACCGGUCGCUGCUCCUGUCCCGAAACCGAUACGGAGUAAAGGAUUCGUAGAAGAUUUGUCAAAGGAUGGUUCACCACUUCCACAAGUGGUAGUGCACACCCCUCAACCUGAAGUAGUACCAGUUAGUCCGAUAGUAGUACCAGAAGUGACACCUACGACCAACUCCACCAGAGGUGAAGCUGGGAAUAAUAACGAAAAUACACCAAGAGAGUUUGGAGCAGACCAUUCAUCUCGCACUCGUCUAAAGAAAGUCAUUAACUUCAGUGUCAAUGAUACAAGGAAGUGUUUAGUAGCGUCGGAUGAGAAGAGGUUACUUUUAUCGUCCAUUCCCUCAAAUUUGAAUGAUGGGCAACUACCAACCCGAAGCACUAAUAAUAGCGUCUCAUCUGAAUCCGCUAUGAAACUUUCGACUUGUCCUGACCAACCAAAAAACAAAAAUAAGCCACUUGUUUUGCCCACCGCUCUUGGAAAUGCGUUGAAGAAGACGGAUUUCAGUCAUUUUUUGAAGACCAUACACAAGUCUGUGCAAAAACCUACAGUACUGGAGCCUAAAUCAAAACCAUAAGUUACGUAAAUUGAUUUCUUUCGAGUUAAAAUAAUGCAAGCUGCGUGCAUUUAUAAAACCCACAAUGCAGACUUAAUAUGCACAAGUCAGUGAUUUUCUUAUUAUCUUUAUUAUAAAUGUUAGGUUUUAAACCCAGUGAGGCUCCCUUAGGCAAUAUUUUAUAAAGAUGAAUUUUCUAUAUCAAUUUCAUGUUGCAAAAUUUUACAGACAGAUAUAUGAAACCAGUCUUUCUCUGCAAAUUAUUAACUAGUCACAAGCUAUGUUCUGGUUUUAUUUGAUAACUGUUAAAGUGUAAUCCUGUGAGUAUUUCGUAUUCAAUAAUAAUCUCGAGUUGUAUUGUGUGAAUGGAUUAGGUUAUACAGAGAAUAUGUUAUUUUGUUAUUAAUUGUCAAUAAAUACACAAAUGAGCAGUGUUUCUA